AUGCUUGUGGAGCUGCGCAAGGACAUCUUUAGCAUGGUCAGUGAGGCCCUGGAAUUCUCCACCUACGCCUGUCACAACUACAACUCCAAUGCCUGUGACAGCCAAGGCCACCACACCUUCUCCAACCCCAACCCACAUGACCCCAGCAACCCCUGCAGCCCCUGUGGCCCCAUUGGAGAGGAUGAGUUGCUGGCGCAGUACAUUGCCAUGGUGUCUCCAUUCACCACAGAGUUGGACGACCAGCUCAAGAUCAUCCACCACCAGGUUCAUGUGAUCCCCAUCACCAGCAGGGUCACAUUCCCUCAGUUGUCCAACAUUGGGUUAUCCAAGGACAAAAAGGCAGCCAUCACUCACAUGCAGGACUCCUUCAAGCUCUUUCAAAUGACCCUGCAGAUAGUGGCCUGCAUGGCCCACCACUUCCCCAACACCAAAUCAGACAUCAAAGAUAUUGCCACAGUGGCCCUCAUUGGCAUGUGUACACUUUUGCACACAUGCAAUGAGACAUGGAUGGUCAAGGCCCUACUGGUGGAAGUGCUCCCCAUGUUCUGUGCCCUUGAGGGCUCUUUGGUCCUUGCACAGGAUUGUGACUGCUUCUUCAGCGCUCUGAAGUUUGCUGCACUCAAGCAGCAGGCCUCCAAGCCCUCUGCCAAGCCAAACGGCAAGUGGAAGGGCUCCUUGUCACAAUUGUCAUCAUCUUCAUCUUCAUCAUCAUCAUCAUUCCCCAAAUUGAAGGGUAAGAAGCCCUACUACAACAAAUCAUCUACUUCUUCUGGCCAUGGCGCAGGCUCCAGUGCCAGCCAGGAUUAG